AUGGACUCGUCUCUGUUUACCGCCGCUCGCAUUAACAAGUUCUCCGGAACAAACUUCCAUGUGUGGAAGUUCAAGAUGCAAAUGGUGCUGGAGGAGCGAGACCUGUGGGACGUCGUGAGCGGCGAGGUCAAGAUCGAGCACUGUACAAGUACUUUGGACCAAGCGACGUUCAAGCGAAAGUCGCGAAAGGCGCUAGCGAUAAUAUGUCUUGCGAUGGAGGAUUCGCAGUUGCCACUGGUUCGCUCGGCGAAGGACGCGUAUGAUGCAUGGUCAAGUCUGGAAGGACACUACGAGAAGAAAAGCUUGGCUAAUAAGCUCUUCCUUCGUCGCCGGUUCUUCACGACAAUGAUGGGAGAAGGUGAUGACGUGCUGGAGCACAUCAACAGUGUAACGGGGCACCCUGAAGCUUGUACUGGUGACAGUACAAGCUACUUAUUCCGAUAA